UCAGUCUCUCCCGCCAAGGAAUCUCGGUUACCAGAGACGGGGGACCGGCGCAAAAAAAAAAGUUAACUUACUUUUAAAGCACAGAUAAAUUUUUAAAAGCAUCAGAAGACCGAAGCGCAACGGAAACAAGAAAGAGAAUGCCAGUAAAAUUUCUUUUUGGGUGGAAAACCAAACAUUGAAGACGACCCCCCCCCCUACUUUUUAAAUGUUGUUUUUAAAUUUCUUAUGUUUUCUGGCGGGUCGUCUCAAAUUCAUCUGAUCUCCCAUCACCUCGGUUUGGGACACGCUCCUCCGCCCCCAACCACACAGACGGCUGCGCACGGCCGUAUGCGGAGAGAACAAGAUGCAUUGUGAGAGGUUUCUAUGUAUCCUGAGAAUAAUUGGAACCACACUUUUUGGAGUCUCUCUUCUCCUUGGAAUCACAGCUGCUUAUAUUGUUGGCUACCAGUUUAUCCAAACGGAUAAUUACUAUUUCUCUUUUGGAUUGUACGGUGCCUUUUUAGCAUCACAUCUCAUCAUCCAAAGCCUAUUUGCCUUUUUGGAACACCGGAAAAUGAAAAAAUCUCUAGAAACCCCCAUUAAAUUGAACAAAACUGUUGCUCUUUGCAUCGCUGCAUAUCAAGAAGACCCAGACUACUUACGAAAAUGUUUGCAAUCUGUGAAAAGGCUCACCUACCCUGGGAUUAAGGUUGUCAUGGUCAUAGAUGGGAACUCCGAUGAUGACCUUUACAUGAUGGACAUCUUCAGCGAAGUCAUGGGCAGGGACAAGUCAGCCACUUACAUCUGGAGAAACAACUUCCACGAGAAGGGUCCUGGUGAGACGGACGCAUCACAUAAAGAGAGCUCACAGCACGUGACACAGUUGGUCUUGGCCAAUAAAAGUGUGUGCAUCAUGCAAAAGUGGGGUGGAAAACGAGAAGUCAUGUACACAGCCUUCAGAGCCCUGGGACGCAGUGUGGAUUAUGUGCAGGUUUGUGACUCAGAUACCAUGCUUGACCCUGCCUCAUCCGUGGAGAUGGUAAAAGUUUUAGAGGAAGACCCUAUGGUUGGAGGUGUUGGGGGAGAUGUCCAGAUUUUAAACAAGUAUGAUUCCUGGAUAUCUUUCCUGAGCAGUGUGAGAUACUGGAUGGCUUUUAACAUAGAAAGGGCCUGUCAGUCCUAUUUCGGGUGUGUCCAGUGCAUCAGUGGACCUCUGGGAAUGUACAGAAACUCUUUGCUGCACGAGUUUGUGGAAGACUGGUACAGUCAAGAGUUCAUGGGCAACCAGUGUAGUUUUGGUGACGACAGGCACCUAACGAAUCGGGUGCUGAGUCUGGGCUAUGCCACGAAAUACACAGCUCGAUCCAAGUGCCUUACCGAAACCCCAAUCGAGUAUCUCAGAUGGUUGAACCAGCAGACCCGCUGGAGCAAGUCUUACUUCCGAGAGUGGCUAUACAAUGCAAUGUGGUUCCAUAAGCAUCACUUGUGGAUGACCUAUGAGGCAGUCAUCACUGGAUUUUUCCCUUUCUUUCUCAUUGCCACUGUAAUCCAGCUCUUCUAUAGGGGUAAAAUAUGGAACAUCCUUCUCUUCUUGUUAACUGUCCAGCUGGUAGGCCUCAUAAAAUCAUCGUUUGCCAGCUGCCUCAGAGGAAACAUCGUCAUGGUCUUUAUGUCUCUCUACUCCGUGUUGUACAUGUCAAGUUUACUUCCUGCCAAAAUGUUUGCAAUUGCAACAAUAAACAAAGCUGGGUGGGGUACAUCCGGAAGGAAAACCAUUGUUGUCAACUUCAUAGGACUCAUCCCAGUGUCAGUUUGGUUUACAAUUCUCCUGGGUGGUGUGAUUUUCACCAUUUAUAAGGAAUCUAAAAAGCCAUUUUCUGAAUCCAAACAGACAGUUUUAAUUGUUGGAACCCUGCUCUACGCAUGCUAUUGGGUCAUGCUGUUGACACUGUACGUGGUCCUCAUCAAUAAGUGUGGCAGGCGGAAGAAAGGACAACAGUAUGACAUGGUGCUGGACGUAUGACCGUCCCUGGUUUGACAUUGCAGUCACACUCCAGUGAUUCCCUCGAGGGGCUGUACAGUUUGUGGCCACAGAUAGCGCCACCAAGGAGACACAUCACUGCUGCUGGAACUUGAACAAAGACAUUUAUAUGGGUUUCUUUUGAUUCUGCCAAAGUGAAAUGAUGUAUCAGUAAGCAGACCGUGAGGUGUGACCUGUUACGUGUAUGAGGUGGAAUGAAUGCCUUGUUUAUGCACUUUGUCCUGACUGUGCGUCCGCCUGACAGUGCUGCCCUAUAUACCUCACUAGCCGUGCUUUUCUGGGUUACCAUGGAAGAAAACGUUUUGGAAACUCAAGGAAAAGUUCUUUCAACCUAUACAACAUAACUUACAGACUGUUUGAUAGCUAAUGUUUUGGAAGGAUU